UCGGAAAUUGUCUCUUUUCUAUCCAAUAUCCAAUCCAACAUGAAAUAUACAAUAUUUAAAAGAAACAUUAGAAUAUCAACAUAACAUAAUCUGACGAAAGUCAUAUAAUUAUGUCCUCAAACACGUGCCUGUUCUGCCUAGGGCCAGAAGGCACGAAAGACAUUUUCCAUAAACAUUAUCAUAAAGGAAAGAAUGAAAUUUAUUCUGAGAUAUUAUUAAAAACUUAUAAUGUAACCGUACCACAAGAUAUGCGAAACAGCAAAAUUUGUGAACAGUGUGCAACUGAUCUGCGGGGAGCAGCAGAAUUCAAAGCUAAAGUAAUAAAAUCAAUCAACUUGGCAUCGGCAGAUUUGAAAGUAGAAAAUGAUGACUGUGAUGAUUUUGAUGACAAAAUUAGUGUAGAAUUUGAUGAAGGACCACAACCCGUUGAAGAUACAGGUCUUUAUGUCAUAAAACUGAACUCCAAGAAAUAUUUUUAUGAUGAUAAUGAGAAGACUUCUGUAGCGGAUAAUACUGAGGUUAUGGGUUUCAGUGAAAAUGAUGAAACAAAUUUAACACAAGAACCGAGUUUAUUGAAAGAAAGAAGAGAUAAAGGUGAUCAAAGGAGUGUGCAGCAAAAUUUAAAACAGCCGGAAUCACAAAACCACAAAGACUUGAAGGAAAACUCAUUAAGACUUGUAUUCAACUCAAAUCUAUGUCUAUUCAAAUCUUUGAAGACCAAAUUUGGCUGCUUUGUCUGCAAAGAGGCAUUUCUAAAUAUAAAUAAUUUGAGAGAACAUUCGAAAAUACACACUAAUGCAGAGGCGAUAAAAAUCAAAUUCAAUCGCUUGAGAGGCAUGUCAUACCAAAAUGCAGAUAUUUCAAAUUUAGAAUGCAUAAAAUGUGGAGCAGCUUGUUUAGAUUUGACCGUUUUGAAAAAACACCUUAUAGAAAGCCAUGAGAUCAAAUUUGCAGAUGCUGAACAUUUUUUAAUACCAUAUAAAUUACAAGAUUCCUUUGAAUGUGUUUUAUGUAGUGAAAUAUUCAACACAUACAUGAGAUUAUCAAUCCAUAUGAACAAUCAUUAUUCAAAUAAUGUAUGCGAAAUUUGCGGGAAUUCGUAUAUAAAUAGAAUAAGUCUAAGAAUCCAUUUGCAAACGCGGCAUAAAGAAAAAAAGUGUAGUCUAUGCUCUGAUACUUUUUUAACAAGUUACGCGCGGGUUAGACACAUGAGGACACACCAUAACAGUUCCAUGUCUAAGAGGUAUUGUCUUAUCUGUGGUAAAACGUUCCUUUACACGUAUCAGCUGAUCGAGCAUAAAAUUUCAGAGCACGGCGCGAAACGACAGUUGAGUAAAUGUUCUUUAUGUCCAAAAACGUUCCCAAAUCUGCAGAAUUUGAAGAUUCACAUACGUUCCGUGCAUGUUAGAGAGAGGAAUUUUCCUUGUCACGCUUGUGAGAUGAGGUUUUUUACCAAGUUUGAUCAGAAAAGGCAUGAGAAAACGCAUUUAGAUGAAAAGUCGUAUGUUUGUGGGAUUUGCGAGAGUAAAUUUAAGGGGAAGGACUCUUUGAGAAGGCAUUUGAAGCGCCAGCAUGGACAUACAUAGUGUGAUUGCAGCAGAGCACAUAAUUGUAACUAUAUAGCACACGCAGUGCAAGUGUUAUUUAUACGUCAUAAUUUCAUAGAAGUUUGAUGUUUAAAAUAACACUUGCACUGCGUGUGCUAUCAAAAUCGUUAGUCUGUCUUGGUCUAACUCUAGUAACAUAUAGAUGGUUGUUAUUUUUAAAUUAAGGAAAAAUUGAAAAAGAAUCACUGCUUUGAACGAGAUCAGAAUUCGUGGCUCUAUAGGGCUAAGAUGGCCCGCUCUUUACCAUUUUUCACCAUGCCUGUCACGUUCUCACAAUUAUGUAAGUGCGAAAGUGACGCAUGACAUGACAGGUGUUAAAGAUGUGACCACGAUACCGCUGGCACAGAUUAUAUAGUUCUUACGUGACGGUAGAAUCUGACAUUUAUCUAGGCAAAUCAACUUUUUGACCGACAGUUUUGAGUGUCUCUUGCGUUACUCUAUAUAUAUCUGGACUUAAAGAAAUCGGGCUUCUAAUAUACAUGGUUUCCUGUUUAUUACGUUUAACAGUUCGGGCUUUGAAUGUUUUAGCAUACACCAUAAACUGAAACAUAGAAAUGCCAUUAUUUAAAGGUGAAACUUUACAACGAAGUUUACAAUUUGUGGAUCGGUCAAAAAUUUGAUUCGCCCUCCUACCACUAGGUAGACAAUGAGUUGUGAAUUAUUCUGCAAAUUACU